AUGCAUAAUAACUAAUAAAAUCCUAUACAACCAAUAUGCAACACUGGGAAUCCAUAAUAAUUUCACAAUCCUUAAAUCAAUUUUGUGAAUAAUAAUUAAUUACCAACAUUUAUACAACAACCAUAAAAUCCACAUUUUAAUUAGCUUGUAUUUCAACAGGGCCUUCAUCAUAUAGGAUAAAAUAUUAAUUAGUAAUAAUUAAUCCAUUAAAAAAUACAUUUCCCAUUAUUUUUGAAGGAUAUCGAAAAAUAAGAUUUGCUUACAAUAUCAGGAAUUGAGUACAAAAAGUUGAAAUUAUUAGGCAAAGGUAGUUAUGGGUCAGUGUAUAUGAUAUAAAAUAAGUAAACUUUAGAGUUUUACGCUUUAAAGAUUUAGACAUCCAUUCAAAAGGAAGAAGUAGAAAUUUUGUCAAGGUUGAAAUAAAAAACCUUUAAAAAUUUAGUUAACACCAUAGAAUUUUAAAAGCAUCCUGAAACCAAUGAAUAUUUUUUAUUGAUGGAAUAUUGCGAAAAUAGUUUAUAAAAUAUUAUCGAUUAAAAACCUAUUGAUCACAAAGAGGCUAGAUAUAUAAUUAAAUAAAUAGCCAAUGGAAUAAAAGAAUUACAUGAAGAGAAAAUUAUACAUAGAGAUUUAAAACCAGAAAACAUUCUUGUUUUUGUUAAAAAAGAUUAAAAUUCCAACAUGACCUAAAACAUAUAUAAAAUAUGUGAUUUCGGAUUAUCAAGCACCAAAGAUUUAGCAAAAACCUUAUAAUGCGGAACAGCUCAUUAUAUGCCUCCAGAAUAAAUUAAGCACUAAAAUAAUCUAUUAGGAUAUGAUUAGUCAGUCGAUAUUUGGGCUUUCGGAACAGUGAUUUAUGAACUAUUUACUCAAAAAGUCAUGUUUAUGAAAUCUAAUAGAUAGGAAGUUUAUGAGGAGAUCCUCAAAAUUACUUAAAAAUAGAUUGACGAAAAAAUCUAAACCGAUUUGAAAAUGUUAGAUCAACAAUAUGUAAAGCUAGUUUAAAAAAUGAUUCUAAUUGAACCUUCUUAGAGAAUUACAAUUGAUCAGGUUUUAAUUGAACUCAAAUAAUAGAGUACAAAUAUUGCAACUUAUAAUGUAAAUAAAGAAAAUAUUAUAAAAGCCAAAAAAACAAUGUAAAAAACAGAGAAGCAUUUCAGAAGGAAAUAGGGAGAAAAAUUAGAAUUAACAGCAAGUACAGAAUAAUUUUCAUACUGA